CCCCCAACAUGGCGUCGCGCUGUCAGCGGUGUGUGUGAGGCGGGUGCGGGACGCGGGGCUGCGGGCGGGCACGGCGGCUCCCGGAGCUCCCCGGAGCGCCGCCGCCGCGGUGGCAACGCGCCGCUCCUCGCUGCUGCCCGCCGCGCCCCGGCUGUCCGGCGCUCAGGCCGCUGGGGACGCGCCUGCCCCCGCCCUGCCCCCGCCAUGGGCGGGUAGCGGGACCCGCCUCGCCUCAGCCCUGCGGAGCCCCCCCGCCCUCCGCGCCAUGGGGUCCCCGGCGGCCGCUUCGGCGGCCGCGGCCACCGACUCGGCGCAGUGGCUGUCGGUGAAGGAGGAGACCAUCUUCCUGCACGACGGGCUGAUCCGGGUCACCGACCUGGCCGAGCUGCCCAGCGAGAUCAUUGGGGUGGCCGAGCCCGGCGACACCGAGCUGGAGAUCCUGACCUUCGAGACCAAGAACCCGACGGAGCUGGCGGAGCGCCUGCGCUCGGUGUGCGGCAACCAGAGCAACGCGUACGCGCGGCUGCUGGAGUACCGGCUGAACGCGCUGCGCGGGCUCUGGAACGCCCAGCGCCAGCUGGCCCUGGAGGAGCAGCACGACCGCGACAGCUCCGGCGACGAGGAGGCGCUGGCCCUGCUCAAGCGCCAGGGGCUGUUGCAGCAGCCCGAGCAGGCUCCCUUCACCUCCCGCAUGGGGCUGCUGCUGGUGUUCCCGCUGAUCCAGUCGCAGAGCAGGACGGACCCUUCCCUGUGUAACAUCACCGCCGAGGUGCUGCUGAACUGCCUGCGGGACUGCCAGCCCCUGAGCCUCACCAAGGAACCGGCCGACUGCCUCAACGGCAUCGAGGCCCUGCUCUGCUCCUGGCUCGAGGACGCGGCGCCCUCCGGUCAGCACAUCCCCUACAAGCAGAAGGAAAAUGCUGCUGCUGCCCUGGUUGCCUUGGCUUGUGCAAGAGGGUCGCUGAAAACCUUUGUUCAUACAGUGCAUCUAUUACAGAAACAGACUGAGCUGGGGUCCCUGCCUGUGGCUGAUGUUCUCUACAGGUUGUUGCUUUUGGAGGGAGGCCCUGGAUCCCCCUCGUGCCUGCUUGGAGGGAAGCACAUCGUGUCCUGGGGCUUUGAGGACAUGUUACCUGCCCCUGAUGCCAACACUGGUGCCAGCAGUGAGAACAAAGAUGCAGACCUGGGCCGGUGCCUCGCGGCCGACGGGCUCUACCUGUACACCACCAACUCCGUGGGCAGGGGAAUCAGCAAACUGGGCUCAGGCCUGCAUGGAACCCUGAGGGGGUUUGUGUACUGCCGGAACGAGGAGCUGGAGACGGGCUGGGUGGCUUUUGGCAACGGCAAACUGCUCCAUCGGCCCGUGUCCUUUGAUAGCAAACCUCACUACCUGUUCCAGCUCGUGGAUCAACAUACCCUGCAGGUAUGUCAGAUAAUCCCAAUGCCAGUAAAUCACUUCCCAGUUGGCAGCACUAUGACCACCGUGCAUCUUUCUUCAGAUGGAACCUUUUUCUACUGGAUUUGGUCUCCUGCAAGCCUCAAUGAAAAAACCCCCAAAGGCCACUCUGUCUUUAUGGAUAUUUUUGAAAUUAUAGUAGAAAAUGGCAUUUGUAUAGCAAAUCCUCUGCAGGAAAGAAUUAUCCUGAUGAGGAAAGAGGGGGAAUCUGCCAAGAGCAUCAAUGAGAUGCUGCUGAGCCGCCUGUCCCGGUACCGCGCCUCCCCCUCGGCCACCCUGGCUGCUCUCACCGGCUCCACCAUCUCCAACACCCUCAAGGAGGACCAGGCAGCUGCCAACACGAGCUGUGGGCUGCCCCUGAAGAUGCUGAGGAAGACCCCAAUCUACACCUGUGGCACCUACCUGGUGAUGCUGGUGCCACCGCCGGGGGGCUCGGGCAGCUCGGCCACGCGCUCGCUCUUCGGGGGCACCAGCGCUUUGUCCUCCUUGAAAAUUCUUGCCUCCAGCCUGGUGUUCAACAUCUCGGACGGGCAGUUCACCAGCAGGGCAGAUCUCAUCGACGCUGCGGGCAGCUCGCUCGGACGGGGGGCUCUGGUGCCAGGGCUUGGUGCUUGUUAUGAUACAAUGAAUAACAUGAUCUGGACGUGCUCCAAUGAUUAUAUUGAUCAGUGGUGCAAUCCUGGGAACCAGGCAUUCCACUGUGUGUGCCAGAGGCUGGGAGUGAGCCACGUCAUCGCAGAGCCCAAAGGGGAUGCCACAAGCACAAAUGAGGUGAUUAACCAGUUACUGCACCAUGUUGGUGCCAUGUGCAUCCACCAGCUCAACCUCCUGGCAGCCAGCAGCAACCUCCCCAUCAGCAAUUUCUUGGGCAAGCAGCAUCCCAUUGAAGCCCAUCACCUGAGCAGCAUCUGUGACAUCAUGGAGAAGGCCAUGGUCAAUGGGGACACCUGCAUCAUCCGCUGCAUCCUCGUUGUCUUCCAGGUGGUUUUUAAAUUUUUCUUCAGCCCCCAAACUGAAAGGAACAGAGACAUUGUCAGAAGGUCUGGGCUGUUGCUGUGGCAGUUGCUGAUGGCCCCAAGGGAUCAGAUCUGCUCUGAAAUCCAGAAGGAAGUUUGUCUGGCUAUUAGCUCUGGUUUAAAUAUCCUGUAUCCUGGAGAAGCAGAAAUCAAUAAUUUAUUGAAAUUGGUCUUAACUGAAGGAGAGAGGAACAGCGGCCUCUCCCAGCUCCGGGAUGUUAUCCUGACCAACCUGGCUGAGCAGCUGCAGAACAACAGAUUUGGGAGUGAAGAUGAUGAUCACUAUAGACUCAAUGAUGAGCUCUUGCACUACAUCCUCAAGAUUGUUGUCCGAGAAUCUUGUGUCUUAAUCACCAAGUGCCAAACUGUAUCUAAAGAUGACUUUCAAAGGCUUCUUUCAACUGUGCCUGCUGCGUCCUCGUGCUUGCGGUACCUGAUGGCUGUGCAGAACCACCUCCUCAGUAACACUAUUCUGAUUAAACCUGAUGACAAUGAUGACAGUGACAGCUCCUUGCAGGGAGAGACAUUGAAGGUACAGGAACUCAAGACCAGCAUUUUGUCUCUUGCCACACAAAUUCUCACAGGAUGUGAUGAAGUCUUGGAAAUGCUGCAACAAGUCACUACAGCACUAAUUAACAGUGACAUUUCUGACAGGGAGCAAAGGUUGAAAGGCCUGGAGCAGAUCACCAAGGCCACCAUGCUUGGCCACCUGCUGCCCGUGCUGCUGACAUCCCUGAUGCACCCAAACCUGCAGACCCUGACCAUGGCUGAUGCCCUGAUGCCUCAGCUGGUGCAGCUGGUGCUUUACACCAGCCAGACUGCACUGCUGCUUAAAACCCAGUCUCCAGUUUUCUCAGAACUGAACAGUUCCCCCAGUUGUGCUCCAGAGCAGAAAGGGAAGCAGUUACCUGAUGAGAGGAUGCUGGAAGAGAAGGAAGAGCCAGGAUUCCUGACUGGUUUGAAGAUCCCUGCUCCCUGGGCUGCUGGCAAGACUGUGGAGACAGUGCAUCCUGUCAGGGAUAACUAUAAAUUCAAGGAGACCGUGCACAUCCCAGGAGCCCGCUGCUUGUACCUCAGAUUUGACAACAGAUGCUCCUCCCAGUACGAUUAUGACAAGUUGGUGAUCUAUGCUGGUCCUAGCACAAACAGUAGGAAGGUUGCUGAGUAUGGAGGCAAUACACUGGGAUAUGGCAGCCGUAGUGUCUUAGGAACGGGGUGGCCCAAGGACUUAGUGAAGGUGGAAGGAGACACAGUCACGUUCUCCUUCGAGAUGCGGAGCGGGCGCGAGCACAACACCCCGGACAAGGCCAUGUGGGGCUUUGCCUGCACUGUGCGAGCACAGGAAUCCUCAGAGGAUGUGUCAGGAGGUUUGCCAUUCCUGGUUGACCUGGCCCUGGGCCUCUCUGUGCUGGCCUGUUCCAUGCUGAGGAUUUUAUACAAUGGGCCAGAAAUUACCAAAGAUGAAGAAACCUGUCAAGAGCUCUUAAGAUCUAAACUUUUACAAAGGUGCCAGUGGCAGGUGGAAGCCAACGGGGUGAUCUCUCCAGCCCUUACUCCAAGCCCUUCUCCAUUGCCGCUCACCAUCGAGGAGGACAGGGAGUUCACAUACCCCUCUGACGUGCUCGUGCCUCCUGUUGGACACUACUUUGACCUGCCCAGGAUUAGGCUGCCCCCAGGAAUCAUGAUCAAGCUCAGGGAAAUUUCUGGACGUGCUCGGCCUCAAUUUAGACCCAGUAUAAAAUUAAAAUCUCAUGGAGAGACAACCUUUAAGAAGCUGAAUGCCAUGGAGAGACAACUGCAGAGUGUGGCUGAGCUGGAGCAGAAGUGGCAGAACGAGGUGGAUGAUGCCAUGCACGGGAAGCUGGAGAACAAUGUCCCCUUUUUUUAUGAUUAUCACUUCAAUGAGAGCAAGAUGAAGGAGCUGGAGCUUCUGUGCUCAAUGAAGGAAGUUUCUUUUGAUGGGAGUGAUCUGGAGAACGUGGUCCUGGCAUUAAGGGAGAAGUUUUUCCAAGAGGUGAAUUCCCUGAUCCAGAAGACCUCUCAUCCCUUAGCAAAGACAAAAACCCUGGUGAAGAGCUUGAUGAACAGAGCAGAGCUGUUGUUGCACGUGACCAUUGCAGCACAGUCUGGGAUCACCAGGAGCAUAUCUGGGACCCCUGCAGAGACUCCAGCCUGUAAGUCAGCCUCUGAGGCCAAGGUGAUCUCCCACGCCGUGCGCCAGCCCGUGUUCCUGCGCAGCAUGUCCGCCCCGUCCGACCUGGAGAUGAUCGGCAACGAGGACAUUGAGUUUGCCCGGGCCAGCCAGAGGCGCCGGCACGUCACCAGCCACAGGAGCAGCUCCUUCACCCUGCUGCAGUCCCUGGCCAUCGAGGACAGCAGGGACAAACCCACCUACAGUGUCCUGCUGGGACAGCUCUUUGCCUUCAUCGGGACAAACCCUGACCAAGCCGUGUCCAGCAGCAGCUUCCUGCUGGCUGCCCAGACCCGCUGGCGACGCGGCAACACCAGGAAACAGGCGCUGGUGCACAUGAGGGAGCUGCUGACGGCCGCCGUGCGCGUCGGGGGCGUCACCCACCUGGUGGGGCCGGUCACAAUGGUGCUCCAGGGAGGGCCAAGGAUUGAAGAGCUGACCUGUGGUGGGAUGGUGGAGCAGGUCCAGGAGGCCUUUGGAGAGACAAUGACAUCGGUGGUGUCCCUGUGUGCCCGCUACCCCAUCGCCUGUGCCAACAGCAUCGGCCUCCUGUGCACCAUUCCCUACACAAGGAGUGAGGAGAAGUGUCUGGUGCGCAGUGGGCUGGUGCAGCUCAUGGACCGGCUCUGCAGCCUGAGCAGCCAGACAGAGUCCAGCUCCAAUGAAAAACAGACCAAGAAACAGAAGGUGGCCACCAUGGCCUGGGCUGCCUUCCAGGUGCUGGCCAACCGCUGUGUGGAGUGGGAAAAGGAAGAAGGGGGUUCCACAGAUGCUGUUCACUCGGGGCUGGCCAGGCAGGUCUCCAGCCUCCUCACCAACCACCUGGCCAGAGCCACUGAGUGCUGUGGCAACCAGGCUGCAGGGAAUGAUGCACUGCAGGAUGUCCUCAGCCUUCUGAAUGACCUCUCAAGGAGUCACAUAGGUAAAGCCAUCCUGAGCCAGCCAGCCUGUGUGUCCAAGCUUCUGUCCCUUCUCUUGGAUCAGCGUCCUUCUCCAAAGCUGGUGCUUAUAAUCCUGCAGCUGUGUCGUGCUGCUCUGCCUCUCAUGAGUGUGGAGGACUGUGGAAACGUGGAGUUGCCUCCCUGGAGUUACUCAGUGCCCUCUCUGAACAGCGAGCAGGACGAUCCCAGUGACCCAGCCUCCAAGAUUGCCUCGCUGCUGCUGGCAAAGCUGGCAGAUUAUGUCGUGCCAGGCUGCCAGACAGUCCUUUCUCCAACUGCCUCUGAGCCAGAUACUACCUUGGCAAAAGCCAGCCCAAAAAAUUCCAUAAAAGGUGAUAAAGAUCCUGGAGAAGAAAGCGAGGCAGUGGAUGGUAAACUCUCUAUUUUUAUCCAUAAAAGAGAAGAUCAGUCCUCCCAUGAAGUCCUUCAGCCUUUACUAAGUAGCUCAGAAGGUCGCCCAUUCCGGCUGGGAACUGGAGCCAACAUGGAGAAGGUGGUGAAGAUGGAUCGGGACAUGACAAAAAGUGGCUGCUGUGAAGUCAUCACAGAAGAAGCUGCUGCAGCUCUUAGAAAGGCAACCAAGUGGGCCCAGUCUGGGCUGAUAGUGAGUGUGGGGCCGCCCAUAGAGACUGUCAAUCCUGAGAGCACCAGUGGUUUAUCCUCUGGGGACAAAAAGAAGACUGCACAAACUUCCAUUUGCAGGGAGAGGAAUUCAGAGCUCGCCAGGACGGACCCGGUGAGGCCGUUCAUCAGCGGGCACGUUGCCAACAGCAUGGCAGCAGAGGUGAUUGCCCUGCUGCACAGCCUGCUCAUGGCCCCAGAGUCCAACGCAGCCCAGAUCUGGACAACAACUGCUGAAAAGGUUCUGUCUCGGGCUCUGAUGUACAUUCCACAGCUUGGGAAAUAUGCAGAGAGCAUUUUGGAGAACGGGAGUAGCAGUGGAAGGAAGCUGGCUAAACUUCAAAGGAUUGCUCGGCAGGCAGUGGCUGCCCUGUGUGCUCUGGGUGGCUUUAAGGAGACAAUUAAAAUAGGUUCUGAAGUUCAGGUUUUAGGCAAAGGAAUAGCAGGAAGCAUUGGAGUUGUGGCAUCUAUUAAUGAGCAAGAAGGUAUAGCCACGGUCAAAUUCCCACCCACCACUAUAGACACUAGAAAGACCUCCCAGGCAUCAGACACUUUAACUAUUCCAUUGUCUAGGCUCUGUGUUCCAAGAUCUGAGGCAUUGCCUCUUCAUAAACUGUCCAUUACUGAGAAGGUAGUACAGGCAGUCCAGUCCAUGUUGCUCCCUCAGGAGGGAAGUCUCUCUAUUCACACCUCACUUCCUGCAACAGGAGAUGGCUCAACCCCAGUAAUGGCAGUGGUCCGGCUCCUUGCUGAAAUAAGAACCAGAGCAUGCCUGGUGAUGGCUCAGCUGUUGGAAGACAGCUCAUUCUGUGAAGAAUUCAUUCAACAGUGCCCAGCUGCUGUGGAAGUUCUGAAUUUGGUGGCCCAGGAGUGCAGCCCUGGGGAGAGGCUGGUGGUUGUGGAGAUGCAGUGUGAGAGGUUACGGAUGUUGUACCGCGACUGUGCUCGGCCUCCUCCUCCUCCCCUGCAGGCAGACAGGAGACAGCCCAAAGAAAUCACGUGGAGCCCGUCCAGGGUGUUCCCCCCAGUGAGAGCCUGCAUGUUCUCCUCACACCUCACUGCUGUGACCUUCCUGGCUGAUCCCAGUGCAGGUGGGGGCCUUCCUCGGGGCACCUUUAUCUAUGCCACCUCCCCAGUGCCAGUACAGGCACCAUCAUUCUACUGGGAAAUUGAAGUGGUUUCCUAUGGAGACACAGAUGAUGACACUGGGCCAAUAGUUUCCUUUGGAUUUGCCACAGAGGCAGAAAAACGGGAUGGGGCUUGGACAAACCCAGUGGGCACCUGCCUCUUCCACAACAAUGGGAGAGCAGUGCAUUACAAUGGCUCCAGCCUGCUGCAGUGGAAGAGUGUCAGACUGGAUGUGACUCUUUCCCCUGGUGAUGUAGCAGGAAUUGGAUGGGAAAGAACAGAAGGAACUCCCCCUCCUCCAGGACAGCCAGCAAAGGGCAGAGUUUAUUUUACCUAUUGUGGGCAGAGACUUGUGCCCUACCUGGAGGAUGUGUCUGGUGGAAUGUGGCCAGUUGUGCACAUUCAGAAAAAGAACACCAAGGUGCGGGCGAACUUCGGCUCGCGGCCGUUCGCCUACGCCGAGGGCCAGGCCCACCGCAACGCCGCCGACCUGUGCCUGGACCUGGCUGAGGAGAUCAGUGCCAACUUCGAGGCCUUGCCCUUUGCCAUGGCCUCUGACAGUGACAAUGACGCUGGCACCAGCAUCGCCUCGGACCCUGGCACCCACGGGCCGCCCUGCAGGAUCGCCGCCGUGGCCACGGCUCAGCAACAGUAUGACAGCGACACAUCCUGCCACUAUAAAAUGGAGCUGAGCUAUGAGAACUUCAUCACCUCAGGCCCUGAUCCUCACCCCCCUCCCAUUGCAGAUGAUGAAAGUGAUGAUGAUGAUGACGAUGAUAUUCCCAGGGAGGAUCACUAUGCCCUCUUGGUCAAAGCCUGGGAAACCAAGGUUUUCCCUACAAUUAGGAGAAGAUUCCGUAAUGAGGCUGAGAGGAAGUCUGGGCUGGAUCAGAUUAAAGGAGCUUUACAGUUAGGAAUGGUUGAUAUAGCAAGGCAAACUGUGGAAUUCCUGUAUGAGGAAAAUGGAGGCAUCCCAAGGGAUCUGUACCUUCCCACCAUCGAGGAUAUCAAAGAUGAAGCGAACAAAUUCACGAUUGAUAAAGUACGGAAAGGUCUCACCGUGGUGACUCGCUCUCCCGACAGCAACAACGUCACCAGCAGUGCUGUGGGAACAGCUCUGCCCAAGUUUGCCAUUCGGGGCAUGCUGAAGACAUUUGGUCUUCAUGGCGUUGUCCUGGAUGUGGACUCGGUGAAUGAACUGGUCCAAGUGGAGACCUACCUGAGGAGUGAGGGGGUCCUGGUGAGGUACUGGUAUCCCAUUGACAUGUUGGAAAGGCCGCCUGCAGGGUACAGGAGGACUGCCACCAACGGAUUGGUCACCCUGGAUAACACCAACAUCCAAAUUCACAGGGAGCUGUUGAGGAGUGAAGCUGCCCUGGCCAAGCUCUACUGUCGCAUGGCUCUGCUCAAUAUUUUUGCUCCCAAAUCUCCCCACAUGUUCACCCGGCUGUUCCACAUUCCUGCCAUCAGGGACAUCACCCUGGAGCACCUGCAGCUGCUCUCCAACCAGCUGCUUGCACCACCCCUUCCUGAUGGAACCAUCAGCUCAAGCUCCAUUCUGCUGGCCCAGUCCCUGCAGCACUGCAUCCAUUCCCAGACCUGUGCUGCCACAGACCUCUUCUACCAGGGCAACUCGCAGGCCAUCAGGGAGUGGCUCACCGUGGCCAUCACUCGGACACUGCACCAGGGAGAGGAGAGUCUGCUGGACCUCACCAAACAGAUCUGCUCCUUCCUGCAGGCAGCACCAGAACAAUUUCCCGCUGAAGAAUUCCCAAUUUCUGAAUCCAAGGUCAACAUGGAUGUGAAUUUUCCUGGGGCUGCCUUUGUGAUUGUGUCCUGCAAGGAAAGUCAGUCUGGGUUCAGAAAAGACUCAUCCCUGUACAAGGCCCCCUGGGCUCGGGUGCUGGUCUAUGGGCUGGGGCACAAGGUGAAGAGGAACGGGCAGCUGAACCUGAUCGAGGCCGUGUGCUACCCCCGCGACGCCUCCCCCACCAACACCGGCCUCACGCCGCCCCCCACCACCAACCAGUACCCUGCUGUCAUCACCCCCACCGACAGGGUGCACAUCAAACUGGGAGUGUCUCCUCCUCCUGGAGCUGUACUGGUCUUGCAUUCCCUCCCCCUGGAAUUCCCCCUGGCAAUGGCAUUCACAGAACAGCUCUUAACCUGGAAAUUGGAAGAUGGGGAUGGAAAAUCUGAAGAUGAACUGGAUACUAUUCCUGCCUCAGUUCUCUUGCAAGUAGUGGAAUUUUUAGGGAACUUCCUCUGGACAACUGACAUGGCAGCAUGCGUGAAGGAAUUGAUCUUUCACCUCCUGGCCGAGCUGCUUCGCAAAAUCCACAACCUGGAGCAGAAGAAGAAUCCAGCAGGGUUGUCCUCAUCCAUUGCCCUGCAGCUGAACCCCUGCCUGGCCAUGCUCAUGGCCCUGCAGUCAGAGCUGCACAAGCUCUACGAUGAGGAAACGCAGAACUGGGUGUCUGGCAAUGCCUGUGGUGGCUCUGGGGUUGGAGGGGCCGACCAGGGGAGAUUCUCCACCUACUUCCAUGCCCUGAUGGAAGUGUGCCUGGCUGUGGCAGAAGUCACCUUGCCCAUCAACAUGAGCGUGACAGCCAAUGUGAUCUCAUCCACCAGCGCCCCAAAUCUCAGUGAUUCCUCCUCCUCAUCCUCAUCUUCCCCAGGGCAAACACCGCAGAGCCCAAGCUUGCUGUCCAAGAGGAAAAAAGUCAAAAUGAAGCGGGAAAAAACCUCAUCUUCAGGGAAAAGAGCUUCAUCCAGGGCAGCUGAGACAGAUGCAGCGCUCCUCAGCAUUGGGGGCAGCAAGCCUGAGGACAUGCUGUGGUUCCACAGAGCUCUGACCCUGCUGAUCAUCCUCAGGCACCUGACCAAGAAGGACCCGCAGGGGCUGGGUGUGACCAACGACGCCGUGGCAGACGCCUGCCAGGCCCUGGUGGGCCCCACUGCCCACAGCCGCCUGCUCGUCAUCUCGGGCAUCCCCACGCACCUGGAGGAGGGCACCGUCAGGAACGCCAUCAGGAAAGCCUGCAACGCCCACGGGGGCGUCUUCAAGGAUGAGAUCUACAUCCCUCUGCAGGAAGAGGAUCCCAAAAAAACCAAGGACAAAGCGGAAGGAGGAGAGUGCAGGACGGAGCUGGAGAAGCCGACGGUUUCCAGCAGCGCCGACAGUUUGGACAUCAGCAGCUCGAGCAGCGUCACCCCCGCCAUGAGCGUCAGCGCCUCGGCCUCCACCAGCCAGGCCUCCCUGUGCAGCUCCCAGGGCUUGUCCCGCACCGUCAGCGACAUCUCUGGGGACCAGUUCCAGGCAGGGCUGGAGCUGCCCAUCCCACCCGGAUUGCUGGAGCAGCCCCACGUGGUGUCCAGCCAGGAGAGUUUGGAUCUGUCCCACUGCAGCACCGGGAGCCUGGGCAGCCUGGGCAGCCUCGGGGAGCCCCUGGACAACGUGGAGACGGCGUCGGUGUCGGACGUGGGCUCCAUGUACACGGUGACAUCUCUGGACAAUCAGCCGCUGCUGGCACGGCCCAUCAAGGGCUUCGCUGUGGUGGAGAUAAGAUCAAGAGCUAAAAUAGAGAAAAUCCGAGCCAGCCUCUUCAACAGCAGUGACCUCAUUGGCUUGUCCAGCCUGGAUGGGGAGGAUGAGCUCAUGGAGAUGUCAACUGAAGAGAUUUUAACUGUUUCCACUGUAAAUCAGAGUUUGUUUGACACCCAGGGGAGCCCAGCCCUAGAAGAUUAUUUCAAUGAUAAGUCAAUAAAAGGUGAAAAACUGGUCCCAGGUGCUCGGGAAGUUCUCACAGAGAUCUUUAAGAGCUGUGUCCAUUCAGAGCAGAUGCUGAGCCUGACCCCAGCCAAGCCCAUCAAGGUGGCUGACAUUUACCUCAGCAAGGAGCAGAUCAAUUCCCAAACCCCUGGCAAUCUCCUCCACGUCUUCUUCACCAACGUCCGCCCUCCCAAGAAGGUGCUGGAGGACCAGCUCACCCAGAUUUUAAGGAAAUAUGGAGUUCCCAAGCCCAAAUUUGACAAGAGCAAGUACAACAAGGCAGGCAAGGAGCAGCACCCGGUGAAGGUGGUGAGCACCAAGCGCCCGGUGACCAAACCCCCCACCAAGGAGAAGUCCAUGCUCAACAGUGUCAGCCGAACAGCCUUAAGUGAGAAGAAACCCACUGUAAAGCCCAAAUCUCCUGAGAAGAGCAAACCUGAGGAGAAGGACCCUGAGAAGUCUCCCACUAAGAAACAGGAAGUUCCUGAGGAGAAGUACCUGACCCUGGAUGGAUUUCAGCGGUUCGUGGUGGAUCGCUCCAAGCAGGACAUCCGGAGCGUGUGGAGAGCCAUCCUGUCCUGCGGCUACGACCUGCACUUUGAGAGGUGUGCCUGCAUCGACGCGCGGCACGCGCAGAAGGCGUCGCGCAAGUGGAGCCUGGAGAUGGACGUGGCGCUGGUGCAGUACAUCAACCGCCUGUGCCGCCACCUGGCCAUCACCCCCGGCCGCCUGCACCCCCACGAGGUGUACCUGGACCCCGCUGAUGCUGCAGACCCCAGGAUCUCCUGCCUCCUGAAUGUCCCCGUGGAGAGCCUGAGGCUGCGCUUUGCCCUGCUGCAGUCCCUCAACACCACCCUGGAGACUUUCUUCCUGCCCCUGGUGGAGCUGCGCCAGAGCGACAUGUACGGGAACAGCAUCGCUGCCCUGCUGCAGGAGGCAAAAGGUUUAAUCUUUUAUGACACAAAAGUCACUGUCAUGAACAGAGUGCUCAAUGCCACUGUGCAAAGAACCGCUGACCACGCAGCCCCGGAAAUCACCCUGGAUCCCCUGGAAAUCGUUGGAGGGGAGAUCCGUUCCUCAGAGAACUCCUACUUCUGCCAGGCGGCGCGGCAGCUGGGCUGCGUCCCCUCGUCCCAGCUCUGCGUCAAACUGGCCAGCGGGGGAGACCCCACCUACGCCUUCAACAUCCGCUUCACCGGCGAGGAGGUGCACGGCACCAGUGGAUCUUUCCGUCACUUCCUUUGGCAAGUGUGCAAAGAGCUCCAGAGCUCCUCCCUCUCCCUGCUCCUGCUGUGCCCCAGCUCUGCUGUCAAUAAGAACAAGGGGAAGUACAUCCUGACCCCCAGCCCCAUCACCUACGCCGAGGAGCAGCUGUUCCAUUUCUUCGGGCAGCUCCUGGGCAUCGCCAUCCGCGCCGACGUUCCUCUGCCCCUGGACCUCCUGCCCUCCUUCUGGAAGACCCUGGUGGGAGAGCCCCUGGAUCCUGAUGUGGAUCUGCAGGAAGCUGACAUCCUCACCUACAACUAUGUCAAAAAGUUUGAAAAUAUCAGUGACGAGACGGAGCUGGAAGCGCUGUGUGCCGAAAUCGCCUCCCAGCACCUGGCCAUGGAGAGCCCCGACUGCCCCAACAAACCCUGCUGCAAAUUCACCUACCCGAGCCUCACUGGGGAGGAGGUGGAGCUGUGCCCCAGGGGCAGGCACAUCCCUGUGGGGUGGGAGAACAAGGACGUGUACGCGGCCGCCAUCCGGAGCCUGCGCAUGCGGGAGCUGCAGAGCCCGGAGUGCAUGACAGCAGUGAGGGCAGGGCUGGGCUCCAUCAUCCCCCUGCAGCUCCUGACCACGCUCACCCCCCUGGAGAUGGAGCUCAGGACCUGUGGCCUUCCCUACAUCAACCUGGAGUUCCUCAAGGCACACACCAUGUACCAGGUGGGGCUGAUGGAGACCGACCAGCACAUCGAGUUCUUCUGGAGCGCCCUGGAGAUGUUCACGCAGGAGGAGCUGUGCAAGUUCAUCAAGUUUGCCUGUAACCAGGAGAGGAUCCCCUUCACCUGCCCCUGCAAGGACGGCGGCCCCGACACCGCCCACGUGCCCCCCUACCCCAUGAAAAUCGCGCCCCCCGACGGCGCCGCAGGCUCCCCGGACUCGCGGUACAUCCGCGUGGAGACGUGCAUGUUCAUGAUCAAGCUGCCCCAGUACUCCUCGCUGGACACGAUGCUGGAGAAGCUGCGCUACGCCAUCCACUACCGCGAGGACCCGCUCAGCGGCUGAGCCAGCAGGGACCGCCUGGAGGCCACUCCGUGACUCUGCCAGGAACCCCUUCAGUUCCCAUCCAGCGCCUCCCCUGCGAUCAGCUGGGGGUUAAUUUAUUUCCUGAACCUUCGUUCCCAUUACAGUAAUUCCCGGAAGACUUCCAUUUUGUAUUCGUAGACUUUGUGGUGGACUGGUUCUUUUGCUGCCUUGUUUGUGGAAUAUUUGUAGGAUAGUUUAGUAAAGACCGGUUUGUGUAUAAUUUAAUUUGGGGGGGGAAAACCUUUCCACCUGUACAUUUCUAAUUUUGUAAUCCACAAUGGUCUGCCCCGUGCAAACACCACUGGCAGGGAGGGCAUUCCGAGGCCCUCAGAGGGGAAGGCUCAUGGAUCGCUCUCCCUGAGAGGUUUUUGAGUACAAAAAUGCCAGGUUUGGGUGUGGGGAGGGAAUCACUGCAUGGGCAGGAUUUGUGGCACUUGCUUGAGGUUCGAAGCAGAACUUUGCUGCCAAACUGCUUUUCCACCUUUCCACCACUUUCCUUGAAAUUUUUCUAAACUCUGACCAAGCACAUGGGGGCUGCCACGGGGAACUGGGGGUUUCAGCUCAACACUUUUGGGAAAAUUUCUAAUAGAACAGUGAAAGGGUUGUGAUUCCUUUGGGUUCCUGCCCUAGAUGUUCUUGAAUGUCUGCUUUGCUUAGCAACGAAAUAAUUUAUUGUAAUUAAAAUGUGAGCAGAACAAAACAGCUUCUCUCCAAAGGGUGUAAGAUACCACAGUCCAUCCCAAAAUCCGGGACUUUAUCCCAUUUCCCAACGAGCUCUUAGAACAACCAGGAGGUGCUCAAACACCUGGAACUCAUUUUUGUACUCAAAAAUCUUUGAUCCAAGAGCAAAUUACCCUAAAAACCUCUGACACCCGGCAGGAGGACGAAGCUCCUGUUCUGUGUGGAAAGCUGGGAGGCAGCUGCGGAGCAGGAACAGCUCCACCGUGUUCUGUGGAAUGUUCUGGAUGGUUCAGAGCAGCCCCUCCACCGGUGUCUCAUCCCUCAGCAGGAUUUCUGGGACACUCCAGCUCUGCUGAUCCCUCGGAUCCUGAGUUCUGAGGAGGAGACCAUCCCGGGAUCCGUCGGAGCCGCCCGGGAGGCUCUGGCUGAGGUGACCGAACCUCCAGCUCGGUGUCCCCUGGCUCCAGAACGGCUCCUGGGAAUCCCAAAUGUAUUUAUUGUACAUUAUUGUGAAUAGUGGGAACGCUGAGUGCGUGGGAUGCGGGAGAGGCGCUGUGAGUUGGGGAUGGGUGUCCUUGUUCUUCCGUGAGCGAGUGGGAAUGGCAGUGGGAGUGUGUGUGCAGCACUCGUCGGUGGUCGUCGGCAUCCGGAGUCUCCCAAGCCCGUGGUUAGGAAGCUGUUACCCUCCCAAUGCAUAUUGCCCUGUCCAGGGAACAGAUCCAUGUAGGAAGAAUAUUUACUCUUGAAUCUCGUCCAUUUCCUGGUAGAAGCGUUGAUGUAGCUCAGAAACCACUCGGAGCAAGCGGGAACACCUGGAGUUUACAAAGACCAAGGGCAAAGGAAGCCGAAGGGGCGGCUCGGAGCCGGUUUGUUCCCAGGCAGGAAGGUGGGGGAGCACUGGCUGGGUCCCACGGCAGAGCUGUGGCCGGGCUGGGCUCUCCCUGGGCUCUCCCUGGGCUCCGAGGGGCCGUCCCGGAGGGCUCCGUGUGCCAGCGGUUCCCGAGGCUCCCGUUCCGAUCCAGCUGUGAGUGAGGAGCUGCUGCUGCUGUGUGUGCGCUCCUUGGGGCGGCACAUCCGAGUGGAGCACACCGCGCCCGGCCCCGGGCCUGUGCCGGAACGUUACUUGAUCCGUAUUUAUUACAGUUAAUUAUUUAUGAUUACAAAUAACGAACUUCUCGUCGCUGCCGUUUGCACCUGGGGGUGUAAAUGAAGCUUCUUCUACAGGACAAAUGUCGCACCAAUAACCAACUUCCAUCGACUUUGGUUUGUUCUGGAGAACAGGAUGAGCCCCACAAGAGGAAUUGUGGGAGUUUUUUGGCUUUUUUUUUUUUUUUUUUUUUAAUUCCAUGCUCCUGGGAAGGAAGUGCUGCAGCACCUCAGCUGUGGCUCAAAUGGCCUUUUAAUUAAAGCUUUUCUAAUCAUCCUUAAUUCCUCGUGCUUUAAAUGAACUUGACAUUGUCUGUACUAGGCUUGUUUGUCGAAGCAAAGAUUGGUUUGUGAUGAUUAUUAUUAUUUUUUUUAAUAUAUAUUCAUUCAGAAUGUAAAAUUAUACUAAACAAUGGAAAAACUCUGGAGCUGGGUAUUAGUUCUAGCUUGGUGUGUGUCCAUCUCGGUUCCAUACACGGCAUUAACCUGUAAGUGCUCUUGGCCAUCGAGUGUACACCUGCAUAAAGGAGAUUCUUAACAUCCCUGGA